CUUUCUUCUUCCUUUUCUUUUCUUUUCCCUUUCUUUCCGUUUCGUACUUUGUUAUCUGCUUCUAUCUCUGUAACAUGACCGACACUACGGAUAUUGACAAUAAAUCCAACAAUAUCACUGCACCUACCGUAGAUGCCCAGAAAGAUGUUAAUAACGGAACACCAAUGAACCAACCAAGCGAAAUGACUCCUCCCAAUUCGGCAACCUUGCCUGCCAAGAAAGAAGAGGCCCAGUUGCCUCCUUUGACCACAGCUCCUUUUGAGCCUUCGGCAACCAAGACAGCUGCAACCAAUCUUGCCAACAGUUUCAGCAAGAACGUGUACACAUCGCCGCAACUCAACUUCGAUGAGGAUCCAACAAGAUACGUCAAGUCCAGAGUCAAAUCGUUAAUCUAUUGGGAAAACCCCAAACGAAGCGUCACUGUGUUGUCUCUGUCAUUGAGCGUCUUAAUCCUGACUCAGUACUACUCAUUAUUGCAAAUUGUUGCCGGUUUCUUUACGGUCCUCACAGGUCUGAACUGGAUCUAUGUCAAUACGCACAAACAAAGUCAAAGAAUCAUUGGUGGUAAAACCGCUGAAAAUAUCACCCAUCCUCAUGUUGCUCGACUCCAAAGCAAAGGUGGUCCGUACAUUCCCCGUGAUCGUGUUACUCGUGCUGCGCAGUUGACAGUGGACAUCACCGAAUUGAUUGCCCAACAACUUGCCAAAUUAGUGUUGAUUGAGAAUAAUACCCGGUCCGCUGUUGCUUUCAUGGCUUCCUACCUGAUUUGGACCGUGGCUAAAUACGUGUCAACAAAGUAUCUGGUCGGUGUCUUCUUGGUAGGCUUGUUUACUCUGCCUCGCUUAUACCUCCAAAAUCAAGACAUCAUCGAUAGCCAUGUGGCGCAGUACAGUCAUCGUGCUUGUUCUUUGGCACAUGAGUACGGUAACGUGGCCAAUCAAAAAGCUCAAGCCGUCUAUGGUCAAGCCAUUGGUAUGAUAAAGAAAACUGCCGCCAAGAAAACCGAGUAACUUUAAGUGAUUUCUCGCUUCAUACAAAAUAAUUGCUUUGUCCCCUAUUGCCUUCAAUAGACUCGUUUCUGUUGUUGAUUGGCGCCCAUCUCCAUCUGUUUGUUUUAGUGUGUAAAAAAAAGGGGAGGACAAAAACAUAUCAUGAAUAAACACCAGUUGAAAAAUUCACAACAGUAAACCAAAAGGAAAAUGACUUUAUCACUUUGCACAUCGAGAAAUGAAGUACCACAUUAUCAUUAAACAUAUUUUGCAAGUGCG